UAUAUGAAAAUAAUAAACAGCUUUGUGUAGCCUACACACUUGCCAGUUUAUUUUGCUAAACGAAAAACAAAACAAAUGAAAUGCAGGAUCGUUGUAGUAUAGGCUAGCUAUAACUUUUCUGCGACCCCUUGGAAGUUUGCCGAGGCCACCUGGUUCAGAACUACUGCUGUAUUUCCAUAUUCAUUUUCAUAUUUACACAUCUAUCACACAUCAAUCAGCUUCACCGUGAUUUAAAAAUAACCCUUUGUUUUCCCUUAGUUACUAUUGUUGUACACAACACCGCCCACCGCCAGGCGCUUAAAGCCCUAUCAGGUAGGUAGUAAGGACAUCUGUCCCGGGUAAUUACCGUCGUUCACAGUUUAAGUCCGUUUACAGCUGCUAAGCCUCCCCGGUAAGCGCAUUACCGGAGCAGCGCAGCGCAAACACGAGCGCUCGCGCAGUACAUGAUGAGCGCGUGCUGACCGCGAGAACCUCCCGUAGAGGUGCGAGACUCCAACCCAGAUUACAUCAGCAUGAAUAACAGAUUACAGCUGGCGUUAUCAGAGCGAUCAGUGAGAUAUGAAGUGAACAAUUACAAUUCAUAAAGCCUGUCAUCGGUUGGAAAGACAGACGCGAGCGAUGCCAAAUUGCGUCACUCUCACUUCCUGCCAAACGUCACAGAUGUCAGAAAGAGAGUGGUAAUUCAAUACUCAAACAGCAGAAAAAUGAUGGACACACAGCGUGCUUUGUUGGCAGUGGAGCGUCUGCAGCGGAGGCUGAAGAAGAGGGGAGAACUGCCUGCUGAGGAAAAACUCAGUCUCCUCAAGAGUGUCUUACAGAGUCCUCUGUUCCAUCAGAUACUCAUCAUGCAAGAGACUGGACAACAGCAUCAGCAACAACAGGUUUCCCCCAGAACGCCACCUCCUCAGUCUAUGAGUGAUGAUGCAGAUGGUGUGAGCACGUCCCACCCCUCAUGCAAUCUCAGAUACAGAGACUCUUACCUCUCUGCCCAGCGGCGCAAUGACCGACUUCGAUCCUCCAGUCAUAUGACUUGCGACCCAGAGGACAUUUCAGUGCUGCAGUCUAUGGCCCAGGGUCGGUCUGUGCUUAGUUUUGACCUAGAGAAGGGUGAAAGUGCUUUAGGCAUCAGCAUUAUUGGCCUGGAGACUGAAGGCGGUGGAGAUCAUGGUAUCUUCAUACAGGAGAUUCAGCCGGACUCUGUAGCACACAGUGAUGGACAUCUCCAUAAGGCUGAUCAGAUUCUAGCAGUGAACGGCAAGCUGUUUGAAUCCUCAGUAACACAGGAACAAGCUGUCCAAAUUCUUCAGGAAGCUGCUUCUGUGGUAACCAUAACUGUAGCCAGGGAACCAACCCCAUCAUUCAGCCUUGAUAGACAAUUCAGUCCUCGACAAAUUCAUCACAUUGAGUUGCAGAAUGACGGCUCGGGUCUGGGCUUUGGCAUUGUUGGAGGGAGGAGUACUGGCACCAUGGUUAAAACCAUCCUACCUGUUGGUGUAGCUGGAAGGGAUGGGAGAUUGCGAAGCGGCGAUCUUCUCCUCAGAAUUGGUGAUGUGGACGUGUCCACCAUGGGAAGUGAGGAAGUGGCACGUGAGCUCCGUCUGGCUGGUUCCCAUGUGAGACUUAUCAUUGCCAGGGAAACCACUCAUUGUGACCUCUCACCUACUGUCGCCCAGCAACAGGACACUCAGAAGAAACAGAAUUUAGCAGAGCAAAAGGGAAAAGAGUUCAGUGUCAGCUUCAAUGACAACAAAAAUGGUUUGGGCAUCAACAUCUCCAAGUCUGUGGAAAACCUGGACAAAGAGGCCAGUGGGUUUGAAGUAAAGAGCAUACUGAAAGGACGUGCAGUGGACCAGGAUGGACAAAUUCCCAAUGGAGAUCACAUCAUUGCUGUCAAUGGGCAGAGACAGCAUGACUGCAGUAAACAGAAAGCGAAGGAGAUUCUGCCCAAGACUGGCCAACAAGUGGAGAUCUCUCUUCUGAGAAAGGGCUCACCAUCUGAAACACAAACAACCCCCACCAUGUCCACAAUCUCCCAGAGACCCUUAACCCCUCUGGGUCUCCACCCCCCUCCACUGCCUCCAUGUCUACCAGAGCCAAAGCCAGUUCUGCCCCUAGGGAAAGUUUUCUGUACUGAACGCCGGGACCUCAACUUCAACAGAGAGUGCUUUUGUAAAUUAUCUGAUGAAGAGGAGAAAACAUUGAAGGAGAAGUGGCAAAGCAAACUGGGUCCUCAAAAUGAAGUGAUGGUGGCCCAGGUACAGAAAUUCAUUGAGAGCGGUGGUCUUGGUGUGAGUUUGGAGGCUAAGGAUGGCCAUCACUAUAUCUGCUCUAUACUGCCAGAGGGUCCGAUGGGACAGACAGGAAUCAUACGGCCUGGAGAUGAACUGAUAGAGGUGAACGGGUUCUCUCUGAUUGGUGAGACGCACAAGGAAGUUGUGAGCUUGCUGAAGGAACUUCCUAUAAAUGUUUGUGUGGUUUGUAGUCGGCUCAUCCCAACCACAGUCAGUGAGGAAGAUGAUGAUGAUGGUGAUGAUGUACAACUCACCCUCAAGGAGCUACUAACAGAAUUUAAUGAAAAGGCCAGGCAGAACUCAUUUGGAAGCCGGAAGACAGAGGCUCCUGUGCUAUCUCAUCAGGCCAUGUGGGAGAAUGAGAUUCAAGUCUAUGAGCUGCAGAAAGGCGAUUCUGGCCUGGGAUUCAGUAUACUAGACUACCAGGACCCCAUGAACCCAGGGCAUACUGUGAUAGUGAUCCGCUCUCUUGUAGCAGGCGGUUUGGCAGAGAGAGACGGCCGCUUGUUGCCAGGCGACCGGUUGAUGUUCGUGAACGGGACUGACUUGAGCCACGCAAGUCUGGCUCAGGCUGUUCAUGUCCUGAAAAGCACUGCUUUGGGCACUGUACGCAUUGGAGUUACCAAACCUUUACCAGAAAAUGACACCCAAGACACAGGAGCUGAUGUAACAGGCAACUGCCACUCAGAACAUAACAACCAGCACGGCACUUUGCAGACAAAUUCCCACUGUCAGAACAGCAAGAUGGAAGCUGAUGCAAAAACCGUCUCCAUCCCCACAAGUGGCUAUGAGAGAAGCAUAACUAUAGUCAGGGGAAACUCCAGUCUGGGAAUGACAGUGAGUGCUUUAAGGGAUGGUUCAGGCAUCAUAAUCCGCUCUGUGGUUCAUGGCGGGUCGAUCAGUAAAGACGGGAGAUUGGCAGUGGGGGAUGGAAUCGUUGCCGUCAAUGGAGAAUCCACCACCAACCUGACCAAUGCACAAGCAAGAGCUAUGCUACGCAGACAUUCACUGAUUGGACCUGAUCUCAGUGUGAUGUACGUACCUGCUGCCUUCCUGGACAUGCACAGAGCCAGCUACACCCAAUCAAAAGAGGAAAUGGAAAUACACAGAACAGCUUCUGUCCAAUCCAGGCACUCACAGAACCUUCCUUUUAAACCCCUAGAAUGCAUUUCUGAACAACAAAGCACAGUAGAUGGUAAAGGAGUGAAAGGAAAGACUCAAACAGAAGAACAGAAUGAAAGAACAGAUAACCACAGUCAAAUAGAACAAAGAGAGGAUGGUGAAAGCCUGGAAAAAAAGGUAAAGAAUGAAAAAACGGCCUUGAAAACUGAGAACGGACAAAGACGAGGGAGAGAAGAAGACAGACGAAAAGAUGAAGAAGAGACACAUGAGAAAGAUCGUAACUCAUGGAGUCAGCCUAGAAGAGUAACAUUAUUUAGGGCUGGGGGCACGUGCCUUGGCUUCAGUGUGGUGGGGGGACGUGGUAUGGGAAGUCGACUGAGCAAUGGAGAAAUGAGACGGGGCAUCUUCAUAAAGCACAUUGCGGAGGACAGUCCAGCUGCACGCGAUAGCACUCUAAAAAAAGGAGACCGAAUUCUUCAGGUUCAAGGUGUAGAUGUGAGUGAUUUUACUCAUGAAGAAGCCGUUGAGGCAAUUCGUCAGGCAGGAGACAGAGUUGAGCUACUAGUGCAGAGUCCUCAGUUUUCAGCCCCUGGCAACUGCGCUGAAGAUGACAAUGUGUCAAAAUCAAAUUUUCAAAAUCAUCAGGAAACCAAGACCCCCAAUAAUCUCUCCCCAACCUACCCCUUCAGCCCCAUUCCCUUUAAGCGUACAGAAGACUGGAAGUUGGGGAAGCCUCCACAUUUAGUUCCUCCCCUCCUGAAACUGCCCUCUAGGCCAGUCAACAUACAAACAGAUGGAGUGCAGAAGGUUCCUGAGAGACCACCCCUGCCAGAAGAGGCUUCACAUCAUCACAGCGAGCAGGAGCAAGCCUCUUACUGGACAGGCCGUAUGCAGCAGAGGUAUGGCAGUCUGCCUGGAGAGCUUCACAUGUUUGAUCUGGACUGUGGCUCAUACAGCUCUGGACUGGGACUGUGUUUGUCAGGAAACAGAGAUGGAGUGCGUGGAAGAAUGAGCGUGUACGUGUCAGAGAUCAAACCAGACGGGGCUGCUGCUGCAGAUGGUCGGGUCAUAGUGGGAGAUGAACUACUGGAGAUAAAUGGACAAGUGCUGUAUGGACGCAGUCACCAGAAUGCAACAGCAAUCAUCAACAAUGUUCCAGCUAAAGUUAGGAUUCUGCUCACAAGGAAUAAAGAUGUACAGAAACAUAUGACUACAGGACCAGUAAAGGAGAUGGACAACGGUCCUGCUAUAUCUCCUGGCAUGCAUAUUAAUAUGAUCAGAGAAGGUCAACAUUCGGUUUUAUCACAGGAUGGAAGGAUCAGCAGAGAGGAUAAACUGAAGUCACGCUCCUCAGAGAGCCUCAACAUCGGUCUUCCUGCUCCAAUCAAUGCCACAUCCAAUCAUAAGCCUUGCUGUCAUCCUGCCAGUCACUUGCCUCCCAGCCGCUGUACUCCUCCAUCAUCUGGCAUUUCAUCAGCUGAUGAGAGCUGCCGCUGCGGCUCAACAGCCAAUCAGAGUUCUCACACGGGGCCUCACAGCACUUCUUUUUUGGCCCAGUGUUCUGUGAGCUCGGACCCCCUUACAUGUCCCAUCAUACCUGGCUGUAUAAAUACAAUUGAUAUCUGCAAGGGCACCACGGGGCUCGGCCUCAGCAUAGUAGGAGGCUGCAACACACUACUGGGAGUAAUAGUGAUUCAUGAAGUGAAUAAGGAUGGUGCGGCACACAGAGAUGGCCGGUUGUGGGCAGGAGAUCAUAUACUAGAGGUUCUUGGAAUGGCUCUUGAGUGUAGUCACUGUUCUCUCCUCCAGGUGAAUGGCAUUGAUCUGAGAAUGGCCACUCAUGAAGAGGCCUUGAGCGUCCUACGCUUGAGUCCACAGCGUGUGCGAUUGUGUAUCUACAGAGACCCUGUGACAGAGAACCACUCCACACACACCCUCCAGAACCACACACCCGAGGACAUGUGGGACCUCUUCAGUGUGGAACUGAACUGCAAACCAGGACAGGGACUAGGGCUUUGCAUUGUGGGUAAAAGGAAUGACACUGGAAUCUUUGUGUCUGAGAUAACAAGGGGAGGGGUUGCAGACUUGGAUGGAAGACUGUUGCUAGGUGACCAGAUUUUGUCUGUGAAUGGGGAGGACAUCCGAGCUGCAUCACAGGACUACGCCAGCGCAAUACUGCAGAGCUGUAGUGGCUCUGUGUUGUUGGAGAUGGCACGCUUUAAAGCUUCAUCACAUUACUCAUAUGGAGAUCAGGUGGGCAAGGUGGACGUUCCUCUUCUCUCUUCUCUCAGCACACAUGACUCUUUGGACGGGAACGUUGACAUCAGAACUGUCACUGUUCAGAAGCAUGAGUGUGAGUCUAUGGAGUUGAGAUUGAGAGACACAAUGGGAGAUCCAAUGAUUUACAUCUCCAACCUGGACCCUUCCACACCUGCAGUACACUCAGGACUUCUGCAGUUGGGUGCCAGGGUCAUCAGCAUUAACGGUACAUCAACAGAAAGUCUCUCAGUUACUGAGGCAAGUUCCCUCCUGAGAAACAGCAGCGGAGCCGUCACACUGCAGGUGAUGCCAAGUGGCUGUGCAGAUGGAGCUAGUUUCAGGAAAGAUCGGUCAUCUUUAAUUCACUGCUCACCUGGACUCACAGAAAAUUACACUACACUCAACAAGCAGAGUUCUCCUCAGUUCCAGACUAUUGCUCUCGAACGUGGCUCUGCUGGGCUUGGCUUCAGUAUUAUAGGAGGAAUUGGCAGUUCCCAUGGAGACUUGCCCAUCUAUGUCAAGAACAUAUUUCCCAAGGGAGCUGCGGUGGAGGACGGGCGUCUGUGUCGCGGAGAUCAGCUGCUGACAGUAAACGGACAGAGUCUGGAGGGUGUCACUCAAUCUGAGGCUGUCGAGCUCCUUAGACAAACCAGCGGGAUGGUUACUCUACAAGUACUUUCAAAAAGACUACCAACAUGCUGAUAGUGUCACACAAUGUCACUUUCCCUAGCUGUGACUCUUCUUAGACCUCAAGGAGAUGUCUGAAUGAUUGUUAAACACAGAUGGAGACAGAUUCUACAAGUUGUAUUUCUCAAAAAAAAAAAAAAAAAAGUCUCCCGAAAUGUAUAGACUUUUCUAAUUGCAAAAAAAAAAAAAAAGUAUUUCAGAUAAAAUGUGAAUCCCAACAGUGUGUAAAGUGGGAGAAGCCAAUAGAGACUAGUGCUAAACCAGUGGUUCUCAAUCAGGGGGCUGCAGGAUGACAUAUAAUUAUUAUUUUUUAAUAUAAAUAAUAAUAUUAAUAUAUUAAAUCUAAAUAGACUUAAAAAAAUCAAAAUGUAAACUGGAAAAAUUUUCCUCCUUUUCCCCAAAUAAACAGUUUUUAUUGAGGAACAGCUCAAGAAAUAAGAAACUUAAAAUUGUGAAUAAUUUAUAAUCAUCAAAAAGAUUGAGAACCACUGUGCUAAACUAUAUGACUUUGACAUACAUAUCAGCUGUUUUUUUUUGUACUAUAUUGCUUCACUACCGAUUUGUACCAUUGUAUCUUUAUUUCCACUUUUCAGUCUUCAGUAUGAGUUAUAUGAACAUAACUGGUAUAGCUAAUGGCAUAACUAACGCUGAGAGCUCACAUUAAGCAUAAUUAUUUGUUCUCAAUUGAUUAUUUGUAAGUGUGGUUCAGGUACACAUUUAGGUUAUAAAUCAUACAAAAAACAUUUAUGAAACUAUUUAAAGCAAGACUAAUAUCAUAAAAGAAAUAUUUUCUGACUGUAACUCAAUAACGAACCAUAAUCAUUGUGUUUGUAUAUGUUGUCAGAUGCAUUACAUGCAUGUCCGCACUCCACUGUGUCCAUUAGAAUGACAAUCAAUAUUCUUCAACUCGGAUUAGUAUUUUUCUACUGUAAAUUUACCUGUAAACAAAUACAUUUUAU